AGCAGCAUAUGUUUUUACUUAUUUUCAACCGGCACUUAUAACACCAGUGGGACCAAAAGCUCCGCCAAUCCGGAUCCAUUUUGCUUCUCAACACUGCAGGGUAGUAAUUGGGCCCAAAUGGGCUGGACCGGGGCCGGUCUUAACAGUCAACCCUAAUCCCCUUCACCCCGCCGCAGAUCUGUCACCGACGACACGACGAUCCCUCCCCCUCUCUCUCUCUCUCUCUCUCUACCACCCCGUACGCUCUCUCUCUACACUCUUUCUCUCUCUACCUCUCUCUCUCUCUCUCUCCCUCUCUCUCUUUCUUCCGACGCAGCUUCCCCUCCGAUUAGGUUUUCGAUCGCCUCCGCCAGAUAACAUCAUAGUUUUGGCACUUGCUAUAUCGAUAUUCAUUGUGACUGCUAUCGGGGACUUCUAUCGACAACAAUGGAAUCACAACAAGUUGAAUCAUCAGCUUCAGAACCAGCUACUUCUCCUCCCAACCCUCAGAAUACUGUGCCUCUGAAUACUGCGCCUCAGAAUACUGCGCCCACUAGACAAGAGGCUUUUGUACGAGAGACGCCAUCCUUAUUUUCUACUUCUGGCAUAUCAUCAUGGGCCAAAAGCCUCAAAAUUCCACAGCCUUCGAACCAAGAAGAUUCAGAAUCUGGGAAUGCCGGAAAGUCAACUUUUGCUCGGUUCACUAGUGGAUUCGGAUUACGCUUGUCUCCAAAGUCAGGACAACAAGAUGAGAGUGUUGAUGUCACUGCCACAUCACCACGGCCUGGCGUUCUAGGUUCUUUCACUAAAGGCAUAGUCGACUCAUCUAGAAGUGCUGUGAAGGCGGUGCAAGUCAAGGCUCGUCACAUAGUCUCUCAGAACAAAAGAAGAUAUCAGGAAGGUGGAUUUGAUUUAGAUAUGACUUACAUUACUGAGAACAUAAUAGCCAUGGGCUUCCCUGCUGGCGAUAUGAGUUCAGGAUUUUUUGGAUAUAUUGAGGGUUUCUACCGUAAUCAUAUGGAAGAAGUGAUAAAGUAUUUUGAAACACAUCAUAAGGGGAAAUACAAGGUAUACAACCUUUGUUCAGAACGGCUGUAUGACGCGUCACUUUUUGAGGGAAAGGUGGCAUGCUUCCCAUUUGAUGACCAUAAUUGCCCUCCUAUCCAACUAAUAAUAUCAUUUUGUCAAAGUGCCUACUCAUGGUUGAAGGAGGAUAUUGAAAAUGUGGUUGUAGUCCAUUGCAAAGCUGGUAUGGCGAGGACAGGGUUGAUGAUUUCUAGUCUUCUAUUGUACUUGAAGUUUUUUCCCACUGCUGAGGAGUCUAUUGAAUAUUACAAUCAGAAAAGAUGUGUAGAUGGAAAGGGGCUUGUUCUUCCAAGUCAGAUUAGGUAUGUGAAGUACUAUGAGCGCAUUUUGACUUACUUCAAUGGUGAAAAUCAGCCAGGCCGCAGGUGCAUGCUCAGGGGAUUUCGCCUUCAUAAAUGUCCUUAUUGGAUUAGGCCUUCAAUUACUAUCUCCAAUCAUAAUGGAAUUCUGUUUUCAACAAAGAAGCAUCCAAGGACUAAAGAUCUAAUGCCUGAGGAUUUCUGGUUCAGCGCACCCAAAAAGGGAAUCAUGGUCUUUGCAUUACCUGGUGAACCUGGUCUCACUGAGGUUGCUGGUGAUUUCAAGAUUCACUUUCAUGACCGCCAAGGAGAUUUCUAUUGCUGGUUAAAUACAACAAUGACAGAAAACAGGAAGAUCUUGAGUGCAUCUGACCUUGAUGGUUUUGAGAAGAGAAAAUUACCCUCUCCAGGAUUCCAGGUGGAGGUUGUCCUAGUUGAUUAUGAUGGUUCUCAGCCAUCAAGGCCGGUAAACACAACUAGCGGUACAAACAAGGAACCUGUCGCGACAGAGAAUAAUAAUAGCUCAUCAUCGGCUCCUUCAAAUUCUAAUCCUAGCCCUAAUCCCAAUCCCACAACUAAAGAAACAGGAAGCAGCCAACAAGAUAGAGAUGAUGUUUUCUCAGACAGCGAAGAAACUGCAGAAGGUGGUGGGUCCACCAAGAGCAGACGGGUUGUUUCCACAACGACUGCCGCUAAAGCAUCCGAAACAAGUGUUAAAGAGAAAGAAGCAGCGAACGUAGCACAAGGCAUUGAAAAAGUUUCACUAAAAAGCGAAGAGGGGGAGGUUCGAACUGAAGGGGGGGAGAGUAAAAAGGCCUCGCCCCCUUCGGGUUCAGGGCCCCCACCGCCUCCUCAGCCGGAAUCCACUUCAAGUGUGAGCGAGUUCAAGGCAAUGGCCGCAGAUGCGUCAGUCUUCUCUUUCGGCGACGAUGAAGACUAUGAAAGCGAGUGAGAGCUUCCCCCCCUGUUUGGGUUCUUCAAAUCGUCAAUUGUGUAGAUAAGAGUCCCUAUUGUAAGCAAAUUCAUGUGGGGAGCAGGCCGUAUCAUAGGGAAGCACAAAAGACGAGAAUUCAGAUUGAUUCGUUCUUGUUCUUGCAUUUCAUGUUAUUUAUUAUAGUUCUGUAUAUUUCCUCUGUGAUCUUAUCUCUCCAUGGUUGUUUCUGGACUGAGUUAUUAUCAAUAACUGUUGGAUGGCGUUCUUUGCAAUAGUAAAGUCUACACUAUGUAAUGUAAUAAUGAAUAAAUAUUCACAAGUUUGUCUGAGUUUUGAGCGCUUAA